UUUCCACGCAUUUUCCAUCCUUUUCAUUUUUCUUCUAGACUCCCACUUAUUUUGAAAAUUCACUUUUUUUUUUUAAUUAAUUAUUAUUUGGAUAUUCGUUCAGACAUUUUGAAGUUAGUUUGAAGGUAGAUAAGAAAGCAAAGUUAAGCGAAAAAAAAGAAAAAAAAAAUAAAGAAAUGCUUCUACUUUGACAUUCACGCGGACAAACCACCACACACGUGAACAAUUUUUGUUGGGUUUGAAUCUUUUUUGGACAACAAACAAAAGGGGCUCUACCGGCGGCUCUGGUGGUUCGGAGACUUUCACUGCCGGGCCAAGUUGCCGUCGACGUCUUCUCUUCUCAAGUUAAGAGUUUCAAACUUGCAGGCAAAAACUUCUGUUGGACAACUCCUACGCUGAUACUCCUUCUGGGGUGUUUUCCAUAAAAAUGACACCUUCUUCCGAGGAGUUAGGGGAACAUGCAAAGUCUGUACAUCAUGUGAGGGAAGACAGUGAAUACAUUAGGCUGGUUAUAUCCAAUGAAACAAGGACGACAGAAGCUGAUAUGUUGCAGCCUCAACCGGAAGCAAGGAUUAAGUCUUUUUUUUGGUGGGUCAAAGCUUUAAUAUGGUGCAUUGUUAUCAUUAUAUUACUUCUCAUUUUUGUGAAGUGGGGAGUUCCAUUUCUGUUUGAGAAGGUUCUCAUUCCAAUGAUGCAAUGGGAAGCGACUGCUUUUGGCCGACCUGUUCUUGCCCUUGUUCUUGUUGCUUCUUUGGCUUUCUUCCCUGUGUUUUUAAUUCCAUCUGGCCCUUCUAUGUGGUUGGCUGGAAUGAUUUUUGGAUAUGGCCUUGGGUUUGUUAUAAUCAUGGUUGGAACAACUAUUGGAAUGGUCCUCCCCUAUUUGAUUGGACUAUUGUUCCGAGAACGCAUCCAUCAAUGGUUGAAGAGAUGGCCCCAGCAGGCUGAAUUGAUUAGACUUGCCGGAGAGGGCAGCUGGUUCCAUCAAUUUCAAGUGGUAGCUCUAUUUAGAGUUUCACCAUUUCCAUACACAAUUUUUAACUACGCAAUUGUGGUAACAAGUAUGCGAUUUUGGCCCUAUUUAUGGGGAUCAAUUGCUGGAAUGGUUCCCGAAGCUUUCCUUUACAUCUAUAGUGGUCGUUUAAUCAGGACAUUCGCAGAUGUCAAGUAUGGAAACUAUCACUUGACUCCAGUUGAGAUCAUAUACAAUAUUAUCUCCUUAAUUGUUGCUAUUAUCACUACAAUAGCUUUUACUGUCUAUGCAAAAAGAGCUUUAAAGAAACUCAAGAGGGCAGAAGAAACCAAUGGAGAAGCAUCUAGCAACUUCGAAAUGGAGAAGCUUCCAGUGGAAGGACCUUCACAUAUGGCAUUUUCCUCCUAGCCUUUAGUACUUAAAGGAGUAGAUUAGUGUGUUCAAAGAAUUUAGAGAAUUUUUUGAUCCUUGACUUCUUACUUAUUUUGUUUGAAAGAGAAAAAGAAAAAUAAAAAAAAGAAAAAAGAAAAAGAAAAAGAAAAUGAAAAGGAAAAAAAAAGAAAAGAAAAGAAAAUGACUGAUGUUUUCCUGGUAUGGGGCUUGAUCAUUGUAAUUAAGAGGGCUGGUGGGCGGGAAAUAUGUUGUAUAAAAAUGUGAAAGAGUUUAAAGCAUAUUGUCUUCUCUUGUUAUGCCAUGGAGAAUGCAAUUGUAUUGCUGAAUCAGGUUCUUGUAUGAUAUGAUAAAAGUAAAUUUCAAAUUUA